UGUCUCCACCGGCCACACGAGCUGAUUGGAUAUGUUUGGAUUUGGAUAUCUGGUUUGAGCGAGCGAGGUGUGCAUUUAUGGACGUAUGUACCUGCUUUGUCCCGGUACCGUUCGCGAAUACCCCCAUGGAAUUUUCUUCUUUGUCUGGCUAUCUGUCUGGCAUGUCUGUCGUCGAUCUACUGUACGAUCCACACUACAUUUCACUGGAGUCAGGCGAAUGCGUUCAUUAUUGGAAUCCCCUUCGUCCGGUGGUGGAAAAUCUAUCAUUGGCACAGCUGUGCAUGUUCUUGGAAUCUGGCAUCUCGUCUCAUUGUUACUUUCGCUCGAGCGCAUUCGCGGAGUUCGACUGUUAGGAGAUGGUUGUGGUGGAUCACUACCGCAGUGCUGGCGAGUCAUGAUAAAUCGAUGCGUUGUGGCAUCACCAUCGACAUCAUCAUCGUCGUCGUCGUUUCAACUCUCAAUGGAACACGUGUCUACGUAGAGCAGCGAAGGCCACCAUGCUACCACUUUGAAGACGCUACGUGGAGGCUCCUCUUUGCAGCUAAGUGGCUGGACGGGAGACCCGGCACACUCCGAGCCGUACAAAUUAGCGCCCUGCACCACAAGGCUAAGCCUCCUCGCUACGCAUGUGUGGCUGACCGCGCGCGGCAGGAUCGACCCCCGCGCUUUCCUCCUAUUGGCUGGAA